CGGCGGAGUAGAGCGCUACGCCGAGUCAGUUGCUCACGAGCAUUCGGUAGGGAAUCAAUCUGAAUCAUGACUGUCCGUUUAGUAAACAACAACGCGGGUGUCGUGCUCGCGACGUGCCGUACGGUGGUUCUCGUGUUCGUCGCCACCGUUCUUGUUCUCGCCAGGGCGGAUCAGAACCAAUCGGGUUUGAAGGUCGAGAAGCUCUACGUGCCGGAAGUAUGCGACAACAAGUCGAAGAUCGGUGACCAGCUGACGAUGCACUAUAUCGGCACGCUACAAGAUGGUACGAAGUUCGAUUCAAGUUUGGACAGAGAUCAGCCGUUCUCAUUCCAGCUGGGAGUUGGCCAAGUUAUUAAAGGUUGGGAUCAAGGAUUGGUGGAUAUGUGCGUGGGCGAAAAGAGGAAGUUGACCAUACCGCCGGAACUCGGAUACGGAGAGAAAGGAGCCGGAAACGUAAUUCCUGGAGGUGCUACGUUGAUGUUCGACGUUGAGCUGAUCAACAUCAGCGACUCGCCACCAAGCGCGAACGUGUUCAAAGAGAUCGACAGCGACCACGACAAUCAGUUGUCCCGCGAGGAGGUGAGAAUAAUGGUGAGCGAGUAUCUGAGGAAGCAAAUGAUCGAGGCGGAGCAAAACGACGAUGAAGUGAAGAAGAUGCUAGCGGACCAUGACAAGCUCGUGGAAGAGAUAUUCCAGCACGAGGACAAAGACAAGAACGGGUUCAUCUCGCAUGACGAGUUCAGCGGGCCGAAACACGACGAGCUCUGAAGCCUUCGUGCCGCGUCGCCGCGUCUCCGAGUACCGCGUCGCCCCCGCCGCCGGCGUCGCGUCUCAUGCUACCACGUGUUCACAUCCGCACGGAAUCGCCUUCUUGAGUCCUGUCCGGUUCGCGACGAACAUCAUUAAACGUGAACGCGCGAGUUACGUUCUUUUUUUUUUUACUACAGACAGUUUUCGCUCCGUGAAACGUGCGCAGUUGCCUCGAAACGAGACCCGCUUUUUGGCCAGUGCGGACGAAUCUUGGUGCUCGAGAAACAAAACAAAAGGGAGAAGGGAAACAGCGGACGGAUUUCUUAUUCGCUCGGGGAAUUUCAUUCGCGGAAGGAAAACGCGCCGAACCAGUCGCCGAUCGAACGAACUCUCGGAAAGCUGUCCGGGAACUUUUCGAUCUGAAGGAACCUUGGUACCCGGCCCAGAGGUACACUUUGACGAACAUGUAUCGGAGUUAGCAAGAAAACAGUUUGUGGAGCAAAGGUUUUUCUCUCUAUGGAAUAGAGGUAUCUUCGAUCGUGAAACUGUCACGACGGACUUAUCUCAUCGGACAAAUUAUGAAAAUUAAGAUGCACGUCGCUACUGGCUCGGAUGCCUUUAUCCGUCAGAACGAGAUAAUGCCGGAAAGAGGAGGAACAGCUACCUCAUAGGAAGCAACAGGGAAGCGCGUCCUCGAGUAUUCUGUCGAUUCUCAGGAUGUUUUCUUCUCUGUGAAUCACGCAAAAGCUUUCCAAGGUGAAGAGCCAGUUGCGCUCGACAAAAGCAGCUAUUACGAAACGAGGAGGAAACCAUCAAAGGAGGAGAGAAAAACUGAUGCAUCGAAAACAAUUUUUAUGUUUCUACGGGGCCAAGUCUCUAUAUUCGAACCUCUUCGAGAUAAUUUGGGUCCGAGGCGAACGGCGUAACUGGUCGAAUGAUUAAAAUCCCGGUUCGAAGCGAAUCUAUUCUACGUACUAUAAUUACAUACAAAUAUAGAUAAAGAGGGGCGAAGAAAGAACGGAAGAGAGUAAAGGAAGCAUGAUUUUAUGUGAAAGAGAUAGAGAGACGGAGAAAGUGUGUGUAUGUGCGUUUUUUCUACACGACUAUAGAUGUUAGCGUAUAUUAAUUAAGCGCAUCGGCGUAAACGGUGCUAAUGAAUCACACGCGAAAAGUUCUGUCCUCCUCUCGUAUGCUUCUUCCUUUUUAUCCGAUCGUACUCCAAACCCUGCCCCGUUCCCGUCCCCCUCCUCUUUCGCGUCCAUAUUCCAUACAUUUUCCCCUUUUCCGCGAGCGUUUUAACGAGAGGCCGCACACCGGCGUUUCUCGGCUAUGAUUUUCACGCGAAGAGACCGUUUUAUCCCGGGGACCGUAUAAGGAACUCGAUAGAGGCAAAUCCGCGAGAUAAGCCUGAAAUGGAUGCGCGUGGUGGAGAUGAAUGGCGGUCGCAAACAAACGCGAUCUUUUUUCCCCUCAUUCGAUCGGUCGCUACCAUUAUUACACUUUUAACUGAAUACGUUUUUAUUACUACAUUAUAUUGUAUGUUGUUAAAGUUGGAUGAAGGUUAAUAAUAAAUCGUGUGUCUCGAGCACAGUUUGUUAUAAAAAAAACCUGAAAUGGC